CGAUAUAGUUGGUUAAACGCGACUGAUCGCUGUAAAAAGAAAUGUUUAUCAAGUGCCUUGGCACGAGCGAUAGUGUACCUAAACGAUGCCACCAUCUACCUCCGGCGCCGCCUCACAAAUCAUAUUUUCUCUGCGCAAUCCCGUUCACAGCGUCUCAAAGAUGGCACAACGCACUUUCUCAUUAGCUUCGCGUACUAAGCUCUCCAAUGGACUGUCUUUACCAACGAUACACCUUGGUGUGUAUCUGACGUCUGGAAAAGAGACGUACCAGGCUGUUCGAUGGGCGCUGGAGGCUGGAUAUCGAGGUAUCGAUUCGGCCCAGAUGUAUCACAACGAGAAGGAGUCCGGGAAGGCCAUCUCGGAUUUCCUCUCAAGUGAGGCAAACACUCAGUCUUUGACCCGUGGGGAUAUCCACUACACUUCGAAGCUGGAUUCCAACUCUGCGUAUGACGUAGCUCGCAAGUCUAUCAAAAAAUCCGUCAAGGAGUGCGGCCUUGGUUACCUUGACUUAUUUCUCUUGCAUUCGCCUUACGGUGGUAAGCAGGCGCGACUUGACAGCUGGAGAGCGGUCGAGGAUGCAAUCAACGACGGCGAGGUCAAGAUUGGAGGCGUGUCCAAUUACGGAGUGAAGCAUCUGCAAGAACUCCUUGACUCGCGCCCCAAGAUUGUUCCUGCCAUCAACCAGAUCGAGGUGCAUCCGUUCAAUACGCGAAAAGACAUCACUUCGUUUUGCCAGGAAAAUGACAUCGUCGUCGAGGCCUAUGCCCCGCUUGUGCGAGCGCUGAAGAUGAAGCACCCGACAAUCCUAUCACUUUCCAAAAAGUACGCAUGCACUCCUGGGCAGCUUCUGGUGCGCUGGAGCCUACAGCAUGGCUAUGUGCCGUUGCCAAAGAGCGUGAGGAAGGAGCGGAUUGUCGAGAACGGAGAGGUCGGAGGCUUCGAGAUUGAGGCGGACGACAUGGCGAAGAUGGAUGCACUGGACGAGUAUUUGGUUACUGAUUGGGACCCCACAGACUGUGAUUGAGUGAGGUGCGUGGGAUGGAGUGCAGGGGGGUGGAGGGCUGCAAGCACGGCAUUGGUGCUGGAGCAUUUCCCACGGCAGCCAACGUGGGACACACGCGUCGCGGGGCUGUCUCCGAGGAAACGCGCUCGCAGUCAAGUGUAGAAGCGGG